GAGUAAUAUUUAUGGGUAUAUCUUUCAUAUCAUUUCUAAAUUAAACCUCAUUUUGCACGUUUCCGAGCUGCACUUUUUUUAUGAUCUCUUUUAAAUUUGUCCCCAUCAUCCUAGUCUAGAGCCUCAUGUACUAAGGACAGAGCGAAAUCAAUCAAUCAGUCAGAAAUCAGAAUUCAGACAUAAUAUGGGGAGGGUUCCUUGUUGUGAGAAGAUGGGGCUGAAGAAAGGACCAUGGACUCCUGAAGAAGAUCAAAUCUUGAUGUCUUUUGUUCAACGCUACGGCCAUGAAAACUGGAGGGCACUUCCCAAACUAGCUGGUCUGUUGAGGUGUGGGAAGAGUUGCAGACUCCGUUGGACAAAUUAUUUGCGGCCCGAUAUCAAGCGAGGAAAUUUUACCAGAGAAGAAGAAGAAACCAUCAUUAGGCUACAUGGAGUACUCGGAAACAGAUGGUCCGCCAUUGCGAAUAAGUUGCCCGGCCGAACAGACAAUGAGAUAAAGAAUUAUUGGAAUACUCAGUUGAAGAAGAGAGUAAUUCAACAGAAUCACUACUUCUUGGCCGGUAAAAUGUCGAGAUAUUCAAGGCUUCAAAUGGUUGCCGAAUCAUCUUCAAGUUCAGCAGAAGUAAUUAGAGAUGGUGAGAGUGUUGUGGGAUUUGAUGAUUACCGUAUCUAUGCAGCAGAUAGGCCAGAAUUUACCAACAUUGAACGACCGGCCGGCAGCCAGGAUGAUUCUUUUAUGAUUGACAGAAGAAAUGAGAGUGCAGAAUAUUCAAAGCUUCAUUUCUCAGCCAUUAACGGAGGUAAUAGUAUCAGGGAUGACAUGGUUUUCUGGUACAACAUCUUUAUUAAUUCAGGAACUUCAUCACAGGGGAGCUAGCUAGCAAUCUAGGGCCUAGAAGAAAUGUUUCCGAAAUUAUUGUCAUUUUUGGCUUUAUUCGUGUGUUAUGUGUGGAUCAUUACUUCAUCACUGGACUUUUUAUUAGUCGACUACUCGACUUCAUGAACAAACAAAAAG